AUGCCGUGGGUAGGACCCGCAUCAGGCGCCUCUUCUCCUCGAUCGCCGGGGUCUAUAUCCAGCCUUGAUCUGGCAAGAGAAGAAUCACGGGGAGAAGAAAGAGAACGCCCUUUCUUCCCCCCGCCAGAUGAAGACACAUUCCCUACCGAGAAAGCCUUUUUGGAUAGUCUGGUCCCCGUACCUUUGGAGACCAUCGAGCCUGACGAUAGAGAAUGUGUUUUCUGCGAAACACGUUAUGGGAUGAUACCAGGUUCAGGACCGAGCAUCCCGGAGAUGCCAGUCAGAUUACGAUGCAAUCAUGUCUUUGGCGAACAAUGCGCACGUAGACAUUUCGGCCAACGCUUAAUCGUCGAAUUCCAUCUUCACCCACUAAAAUUUCUUCCAGGCACUAGAGGCAACGUCUUGAUCUCGAAGCUAUAUCGCUACGCUGUGCACAAAGACCAAGACCUCGGUGGAUUCAACCUCUUCAAAGGCCUCCUCCAGAAUCUCCAUGACACAAGACUCUUGGUUUGUUUUUUUGGACCAUAG